CAUCGUCUUCCACCGCGGGCCCUCUUCUUUUGCAACACUGAAAAGGCAGAUGGGUCCAAGAGAACGCGCAUAGUCUCUGCUCGAUCGACUUCGCGGAAGCACGGACCCACAGGAGCCCAGUUUGGCUUUAUUUAUUUUCGGUCGAUUUAAUUUUUGUUCGGUAAACUUUUGUUACUUAAGUAGAAACAAAAAAAAAAAGUACACAUGGAACCAUCACGAUCGGCUCGGAUAGUAGGGUCCGCUCUCUUGUGUCUGCUCGUUGGCGCCUGUAUUGCAGACGCGCAACGUACCUACGAUGCAUCCUACUACAGACAGUACAACAACCACAACCAAAAUCAGAGGCAGCAACAGCGCAUAUUUUUCAUCCAACAGCAACAACAACAACAACAACAACAACAACAACAACAACAACAACAACAACAACAACAACAACAGCGGCAGCAGCAACAAUUUCAAGCCGAUAGCAACUUGGAGGACUUUGGCCAGCAGAACCAGCAGCAAUCGAACCUCGGCAACCUUGCCCGCAACAGCGGCCUUUGUCCCGAGCGUAACGGCAGAUUCGUCGUGUCGAACCAGUGCGACGCCUAUAUCGAGUGCAUCGACGGCGUGCCCGAGCAAAAGUUGUGUCCCGAUGGUCUGCUCUUCAAUCCUGAUGCGAGGUUCAACUAUCCUUGCGGCUACCCCAACGACGUCCAAUGCAUUGGCAGAGCCACUCUUCAGCCGGCUCAACCGACGGACGAGUGCCCCCAUCAGUACGGAUAUUUCAAGAUAGGAGAUCGUCGGAACUGCGGCCAGUUCAUGAAUUGCGUCGACGGCCGAGGUUACACCUUCAACUGUCCCGAGGGUCUGGCUUUCAAUUCUGAACAUUAUCGCUGCGACUGGCCCGAUCAGGUCGACGACUGUGACGCCGAAGCUUUCCUUGGUUUUUCUUGCCCGACAACUGAGAAUGCCGUAUUCGGUUCUGGGAUCAAGACUUACAAGAGCCCGAGAGACUGUCAGCAUUACUUCCUAUGCGUGAAUGAUAGACCAAGACUGCAGAACUGCGGUGAGGGCCAAGCGUUCAAUGAGGUCAUUGGAGUUUGCGACGCUGCUGAAAAUGUUACUGGAUGCGAGCCACCACAAACACGACAAGACAACGCUUUCUUGCCAGUUCAGUUGGAUGAACCUCAGCAGAAUCUUAGAUCAUUCAAACAACAAGGAAGUUCAUUCAAUCAAGCUCGAGCUUUUGAAUCUGUUGAUACUCAGCAGAAUUCUAGAAGAGCCCAACAAAAUAGCAAUCAAUUCUCAAGACAACGAUUCAUCUCGACAUUUUAAAUAAAAAUAGAUAAGAAAGUGGAUUAAUUGUAAUUAUCGGCACACAACGUGUUUCGAUGAUAAAG